CAGUACCUCAUUCCGUUUGAGAGCGCAACAGAAUGAAUUUAUUCUUUUCCAGUUUCUUGGCAUACUUUUACUUCGGAUUCCAAAUCGUUCUCCAUUCGUACAUCAGCCCUUGUCUGCUUCACCCUCAGCCUUGUCACAUCCUGGCUCGGAUCGGACACACUGUGCGCCUAGGUGCCCUCCUGCCGUCCAGACAACCGGCCAGGGUGCGGGCUGCCCUGAACCGCGCCCUCAGCGGUCUCGCCGAAACCGGGGACAACUUUCUUCCGUACAAUCUCAGCUUGGAAGUGGUGCCCCGCGAGCCCACGGACGGAGACCCGGAGUCGCUGUUCAGGUGUGUUUGUCAGGCUAUCGUGGUCCAAGGGGUCUCCGCCGUGCUCGCCUUCCCCCAGACCCAGGAAGAGAUCGUGCAAGUGGAAUUUAUGUCCUCUUUUUUGGAAAUCCCUUUUAUAAGCAUCAUAGAACACGGGGAACCGCUUAGAACACAAAACCGGUUCCAUCUGCAGAUGAUGACGGGCGUGCCCCCGUCAGGGCUGGCCGAACUGCUGCGUGCAGUGCUGUGGCGGAGUGGUUGGCGCGAGGGCAUGGCGGUGCUGUGCCAGGGCUGGGAGGCGACGGGCAUGCUGGAGCUGCUGGGGCCGGUUGGUGCCCCCGUGUGGCCGGGCGACACACACUGGCACCUGCGUGCGUCUCUGGACCUGUCGCACGCCGUGCAGGAGGACGCCGAGAUCGCCGACUUCCUGUCUCGCCACCUGCAGCAGGCGGAGCCUCCUCCGGCGUCGGUCCUGCUGUUCGGCUCGGACCCGCAGUGCGCCGCCUCUGUCCUGCGCUGCGCCCACGAGCUGGGCGUCACGCUGCCCGCCGUGCACUGGAUCAUGGGAUACCCGCUGAGCCCAGACAUGCUGCACACCAUCGGCCUGCCACUCGGGCUGCUGGCGUACGGCGAGGUGGACCGCAAGCCACUCGACUUCUACAUCAGCGACGCCCUGCAGUUGGUCACCAGGGCCGUCGCCGCGGCAACCGUGGUGCGGCCAGACCUGGCGCUGAUCCAGAACAUGGUGAACUGUUACGACAAACCAAACAAGCAUGAGCUGCCAUCGUCAGGACAGUACCUAGCCAGGUUCCUGUCCAACACGUCCUUCACGGGUCUAACGGGUCCGGUGAGCGUCCAGUGGAACACGUCGCGCGUGGAGACGUCCCAGCGGGUGCACGUGUGGAGCCUGCGGCGUGACGCGGUUGGCCAGCCCACCUGGGUGACUGUGGGCAGCUGGGAGGGAGGUCAGCUGGAGGUGGAGGAGCAGGGCCUGUGGCAGGGGUCGUCACCACGGCAACGCGCCGAGGCCCAGCGCGGCCGGGAGGGCGGGCGGUGGCGGGCAGGCACGCCGGUAACGGGCAGCCGCAUACGCGUGGUGACGCUGGUCGAGCACCCGUUCGUCUUCACCAGGGAGGUAGAUGAGGACGGCAACUGCCCGGCGGGACAGUACUGCCUGGACGCGGGCACCAACAGCACGGAGAUGCUGGAGCGCUACUUCAAGGAGCUGUCGCUAGGCAACCGCAGCUUCAUCCCCGCCGAGUACAGCAAGUGUUGCUACGGUUACUGCAUCGAUCUGCUGGAGAAGCUGGCUGAGGACCUGCACUUCGACUUCGACCUCUACAUCGUGGGGGACGGCAAGUACGGAGCGUGGAAGGGCGGCCGCUGGACGGGGCUCGUGGGCGACCUGCUCAGUGGCGUGGCAGACAUGGCGGUCACCUCCUUCAGCAUCAACUCUGCGCGCAGCCGCGUGAUCGACUUCACCAGCCCCUUCUUCUCCACCAGCCUGGGCAUCCUGGUGCGCAGCAAGGACACGGCCGCGCCCAUCGGCGCCUUCAUGUGGCCACUGCACUGGUCAAUGUGGGUGGGCAUCUUCGUGGCGCUGCACAUCACCGCACUCUUCCUCACGCUCUACGAGUGGAAGAGCCCGUUCGGCAUGACGCCGCAUGGGCGAAACCGCCUCAAGGUCUUCUCCUACUCGUCAGCGCUCAACCUGUGCUACGCCAUCCUGUUCGGACGCACCGUCUCCAGCAAGACUCCCAAGUGCUGGACGGGCCGCUUCCUCAUGAACCUGUGGGCCAUCUUCUGCCUGCUGGUGCUGUCCAGCUACACAGCCAACCUGGCCGCCGUCAUGGUCGGAGAGAAGACCUUCGAGGAGCUCUCGGGGGUUCACGAUGCCAAGCUCCAUCACCCAUCUCAUGGGUUCCGCUUUGGAACCGUGCGUGAGAGCAGUGCUGAAGAUUACAUGAAGAAGAGUUUCCCGGAGAUGCACGAGUACAUGCGCCGCUUCAACGAGCCCACCACACCAGACGGGGUCUCUACCCUCAAGACAGAUCCCCCCAAGUUGGACGCGUUCAUUAUGGACAAGGCUCUGCUGGACUACGAGGUGUCCAUUGACGCCGACUGCAAACUGCUGACCGUGGGCAAGCCCUUCGCCAUCGAAGGUUAUGGAAUUGGUCUGCCCCAGAACUCUCCCCUCACGUCCAACAUGUCCGAGUUCAUCAGCCGCUACAAGUCUGACGGCUACAUGGACAUGCUGCACGACAAGUGGUACAAGGUGGUGCCCUGCGGCAAGAGGGUGUUUGCCGUCACCGAGACUCUUCAGAUGGGCAUCCGUCACUUCUCAGGGUUGUUCGUGCUGCUGUGUGUGGGUGUGACGGGCGCGUUGCUAACGCUAGCUGGUGAGCACGCCUUCUACCGCCUGGUCCUCCCUCACAUCCGCCGCAGACAGAAGUUCAAGUACUGGCUUCACACCAGUCAGAAAAUUCACCGAGCUUUGAACAUGACUUAUGAAGACGUGAAGAAGCAACGUGCCAACGCAGAGAAGAGCUGUAACCUCCAGCCUCCCCCUGUGCCCCCCCCGGCCGGAGCGUUCGCCCGCUGGAACAACGAGAGCAGUCGUGCGGCCAAGCAGGCGGCCGAGGCACUGGCCGCCAAGGACAACAAGCGCGUCCACUUCAACCUGGAGACGCUCAACACGCGGCGGCUGCUGGCGCGCCUGGGGGGCCGGCCGGCGAGGGGGAGGGGGGGGGCCAGCGCCAGCGCGUCGGCAGCAGCAGGGGGAGGGGGGCGCUCGGGGCCCAGAGUGGUGACGUCACACGUGUGUGAGAACGGGGGUCCGGCGGGUCUGGCGUCGUCCAGCAGCGGCGACGGUGAGCUGGACGCGCUCACGCAGCACAUCGACGGCAUCCGAGAGCAGCUGAAGGCGGCUCUGGCCCGGCGGGCCGAGCUGCAGACCACGCUGGCCAAGGAGAGGGCCAGAACGGUCGCCAUGGCGCCCACGGAGUCCCUCCCCCUCGCCGUGCCCCUCCCCUCUCGGGCACCGGCCCCCAAAGAUGACCAGAGCCAGAGGUGAUGCUUAGCCAGGCCUCUAGGGGGCAGCAGCACACUCUCCCCUCCCGCUGGUCAUCUCUCCCGAGGGAUUCCUCUCUGAGCCCGUGUCCGGUCUGUGCGCAGUGGACACACUGGACUGCAAACACAGGCUCUGGAAACACCCCCGAAUACAGACACACCUGCUGACCGCUCUCUU